GUUCAUGCAUUUCCCUCGUUUAUAAGCCUUUUCGUCUUUCUCGGAGAAAGACUUCCUUCCCUGCUCGAUGCCUUGUCGGUUUUUGGGCUUUUCAGCUGUACAGAAAUCAAUUUUUAACUCUACAUCAACCUUCACACAACUAGCAAGAACCAUGAGUCGAUUUGGAAGAGACAGAGGCUACGAUUCUGGCGGUCGUUCGGAUAGGAAAGGGUAAAGUAUAUUUGUAUAUUGGACUCGUUUUAAUAAAAAUGUCGACCGCAUGUGUUCCCGCCGGCGAAUUUUCUACUUGAUUAAAAACGCUUAGUUGUUGGAUUUCUACUGUCUAUUGUCAACUUGUUUGUUGCCUUGAAUCUUUAUUAGUAUAUGUAGCUUUCCUGUAGUGAAUAUUUCUUGUUUUAGGCUUUCAAAAGUGUAUAUAAAUUAAAAUAUUGGUUCUUCAUAAAUUUGCCUGAAGACAUGUGCGACUGAAAGUCGGUUCAUGAAUUGACAUCGGGUUUUAUCCCGUUUCAACGUGGUUUUCUUUCAAAAAAUGUGAACAUAAAUAUUUAUAGAAGCAUUUAGGAUAAUAGUACUGUAGUUGGGGAACGUUUUUGGCCUUGAAAAUAUUGUAAAAUUGUAUUGAUAAAAAAUUAGGCAGAAUGACAAGGGAAGCACUAAAGAUUGAAGAAGACAGAUAAAUUGCCCGGAUGUACGUUGGCGUAUAUGCAGAUAGACAAGCUACACAGAUGGUUCAACUGUCAGUUAACUGCAUUUACGAGUUUCUUCAAAUGGAUCAUCUAGCUUUUACAAAAUCGCCACAGGUGUUAACAUUUAGGCCUGGUUUAGAUGGCGAACUUUUCAUGCACCAAACCUAAUGCGAUGAUCCUGACUGGAAAGUUUGGAAAUUGUGCGACAAGAUUUCAAAAAUUUAAUAUUAUAUAAGCAUCAAAAUUGUGCGCCCGAUAUCUUGGUUGUGCGAUACAAAUUUUCCACACUGGGCAAAGAUUAAGUAUGACAGAAGAGCAGCGUCUAAAUCAAUUAAGUUUGGCAAGUUAUACUAUGCGACACACGUUUGACAUUAGCAAUUGAGCAUGAAAAUUUCUGAUGUAAUGUACUUGUAUUUUGGAAUGGUACAAUUAAGUCCGACUUCUGAAUCAGUUGCCAAACUUGCACCAAUAAUUUGAUUAGGUUUAGCACAUGGAAAGUUCGCUGUCUUAACCGGGCCUUGCUAUCAUUUUGUAGGUUUGGUGGUGGUGGUCGUAGCGGUGGCGGAGGUGGUUACGGUGGUGGUGGUAGAAGUGGUGGGUAUGGUGGUGGCGGGGGUUAUGGUGGCGGGGGUGGUUAUGGUGGCGGGGGUGGUUACGGUGGUGGUGGCUACGGAAAGAAGGACAAGUUUAACCAACCUGGUGCCAACCUGAGGAAACCAAAAUGGGAUGUGAACAGCUUGGAGAAAUUUGAGAAGAAUUUCUAUAAAGAACAUCCAAAUGUCCAGAAUAUGAGCCAGGCUGAAGUUGAACAAUAUCGACAGUCCAAAGAGAUGACGCUCUACGGUCAUAAUGUACCAAGACCUGUCAGACAUUUCAGUGAAAUGUUAUUUCCAGGUAUAUAACACACAGCGUGAGGCGGUUUCUACAAAAAACCGAAAACCGACUGGAAAAAACAGAGUGAACCGGUUUUUUUAAAAAAUACGUUCGAAAAACAAAACUACUGUAAAAAAAGACACAACACGCUACUCAGUACUUACGCAAGAUAUUAAACGUAAGGUAUUUUGAAGACGUUAUCAAAUUUCAAACAAACUCUCUUUAGUUUUUCGUGUGUAAAUGCCAAAACGUGAUUCAAUUGCAUCAAACUCGUAUAAGUAUGGUUCGAUUUCAGUAAAAUACCGAUUUUUCUUCGUUUUUUCCGUUUUCCCCCGGUUUUUUCCGUUUUCCGGUUUUUCUCCAAAAGUAACAUCGAAUAUUUCGGUUUUCAAAAAACAUCGUUUUUUUUCAGUUUACCGAAAAACCGCCUCACCCUAAUAACACAUUGUUAGUACUAAAUUUCAGUUCUAAAUAAACCUACUGUUCAGUGUAAAUUUUUAACAGCAUGCUGAAAAAAGCAUGUCUGGAGUCGGAACUGUGUCUUCAGUAGGAUAAAGAUCAUUCAAUGCACCCCAAUAAAUGUUUAGACUUUAGAUAAUCAUGUGAAUAGUCCAACCUCUCCCUUGCAUCUAGCCCUUUAUUACACACAGUUUACAAUGUCCCAAUAUACAUAGUUCACUUUAACUAUUCUACCCCACCCUCAUUCCCACCCUGUUAACUCACAACUUUUAGCAGACCGUUGAUGGACUUUUUCACACAAGUCCGUAGUGAGAAUCGAACCACAAGCUCGGAGGUGAAAGGCGCUUGUCCUGAUACAACGCCGAGAGAUCUGACUGUUGUAAUAGCUAAAUUCAUAGAAAUGGAAAUUGAUUGUUAUUCCUAUUGCUGUUUAGAUUAUAUUGUGGGUGAACUGGCAAGAAUGGGUUUCACUGAGCCAACUCCUAUACAAGCACAAGGUUGGCCUAUGGCGAUGUCUGGUCGAGAUGUCGUUGGUAUUGCUCAAACUGGAUCUGGAAAAACCAUCUCGGUAAUAAACCAUUUUUCACACACAGGCACUUUGAAAUUAUGUAAAAAGUGAAAAUGGAAUAAAAAUAGUAUACAAGGUUCUGUUUCCAUUGGGACGUUCCGUCUCCCCCCACGGAGGAAAUUUCUGCCAUCCUGAGGGGGAGGGGAGAAAAAAUUGUUUCUGAUAAUAGUAAAUGUAUUAGGAUAUCCGAAGGGGGUAGGGGGAUUAACUUCCUAUUUCCUCUGUGGGGGUGGUAUGGAUGUUUUCUGGAAUAACCCAUUUGCAAAUGCCAUUAGUGUUUCCACUUUUCUAAAUUUCAAUUUCACAUCAAGUAAAUUUUUUCAUAAAUUUUUCUGUUUUAUUCCAAUCCUAAAUGAACCUCCCUCCCCUUGGACAGCAGAACAUAGGGACCAGGGUCUAUGAUUAUUUCAUUUGUCAUACUAUCAUGCCUGACAGAUUUAUGAAUUCCUUGUCAAUAAUGCGAAUGUAAUAUUGUAAUUGCUUGCACUUUUGAAAAUUUGAACCAUUUGUUUACUGCUUGAUUUUCAAUCUUUGUUUCUCCAUAGUUCAUCAUUCCUGGUAUUGUGCAUAUCAACAACCAACCUUUGUUGCAACAUGGCGAUGGCCCCAUUGUGCUUGUUCUUUGUCCAACUCGAGAAUUGGCCCAGCAAGUCCAGGGCGUUGCUCAGCAGUUUGGGAGAACCUGCAAAGUCCGCACAUCUUGUGUUUACGGUGGAGCUCCCAAAGGACCGCAGAUACGAGAGCUCGAGAGAGGUAAUCGUGCAAUUAUACAUCUAAUGUUUUGACCCUUCCUGGACCUAGAACUGAUAGAGUUAACCAGUAUAAAUAAAGUUAGUUUAGGUUUCCUCCUGGAGAUGAUUUUAAACUGGUGUAUAAAUCCUUUAGAGACACUAGACCAAGAAUGAGAACUUAUAGUGCUACAUAGUAUAAACAAAGGUAGCAACAUAUUUUUUCUCAUUUGAAUAAUCCUUUAUUUCUAAAGGGAGUGAAAUCGUAGUGGCAACACCUGGACGACUGAUUGAUAUGCUUGAAGCUCGCAAAACAAACCUCCGACGAUGCACAUACCUUGUUCUUGAUGAAGCCGACAGGAUGCUGGAUAUGGGUUUCGAACCUCAGAUCAGAACAGUUAUUGAGCAGAUCCGACCUGACCGACAAGUGCUCAUGUGGAGUGCAACAUGGCCGAAGGAAGUGCAAAGUUUAGCAAGAGAUUUUCUUACUGAUUACAUCCAGGUCAAUAUUGGCUCCUUGCAACUUCAUGCUAAUCAUAAUAUUCUCCAGAUUGUCGACGUUUGCCAAGAAUAUGAAAAGGCUGGAAAGUAAGUGGAAUAUAGAAUUUUGCUUCUUUGAUUAUCUUUGCUUAGGAUAUUUAUCUUUAGCUUUGUUUUGGAUUUUUGUAAUAGAAUAUUUUUUGUGGCACUAAAAAUUUUUAAUUAUCAUUUUAGACUUGCCAAACUUUUGGAAGAGAUUAUGGGAGAGAAAGAGAAUAAGGUUGGUCUAAUUCCACAUCAAAAUAUGACCUGCUGAACUAUAUCUCUCUUUUUCAUGAUGUUAAAAUCUAAAUAUUUUUUUCUAGACUUUGAUAUUUACAGAGACGAAGAGAAAAGCUGACGAUCUUACGAGAAGUUUGAGACGAGAAGGGUGUGUGUUUACAAUCUUGCGUCUUUUUACAAUGCUGCUUUUAUCAUCGAUGUCAAGAGCCUAUGAUGAUUCCAUUUGUCAUACUAUCACUGCUGACAAUAUUGUGAAUUCCUCGUUACUGAGGCUAAUUGCAAUUAGCUAGCUUGUGUGAAAUGUGAAAACUGAGUUUAGAGUUUAUUCUGAAUUUAUUUUGGUUUUAAUAGAUGGCCUUGUAUGUGCAUCCAUGGAGAUAAAUCGCAACCUGAACGUGACUGGGUCUUAAAUGGUAAUGUUUGUUGCUAAUGGACCAUUUGCAUUAUAGACUAAAUUUUGAUCUAAACAAGGCUAGACAAAAAUUUGCAUUAACAUCACAGCUUGAAAGAGCAUCACAAAAUUAGUAAUAUUCCAAAGUUUCGUUACGAAAUGUUGUAAAAUGCGGAUAAUAUAGCCUUGCGAAGUUUGCUGUUUUUCAGUCAUUUUGCAAGUCAUAUUUUGCAUUAUGCGGGGGAAAUUGACAGCCCAAUACCCUUUGGGGCUGGUCAAUUUCCCGUUUGUAAUACAAAAUGACUGAAAAACAGCAAACUUCGCAAGGCUAUAUUAUCUGUAUUUUACAACAUUUUGCAACGAAACUUUGGAAUGUUACUAAUUUUGUGAUUUUCUUUCAAACUGUGAUAAAAUUUUUGUCUAGACUUGUUGAGAUCAAAAUUUAGUCUAUAUGCAAAUGGUCCAUUGUGUAUUUCACGAGGGACUUUGUUUCUUGUAGCAUACAGUUCACACAUGAAAGGUCUUGAAAGACUCAUUAGGGACAAAAUAAGACGCAACUUACAUAAGACGCGACUUACAUAAGACGCGACUUAAAUAAGACGCAAGUUUGUCGUAUAAAAGGUACAAAAUUCUUACGUAAGACGCGUCUUGGAUAAGACGCGUAAGAACGGGACUUUUAGCUGUUCUUAUUUAAGUCGCGUCUUAAAUAAGAAAUUUUAGACAAAAAUCCUAACUACACAUGCCCGAAACUUGAAACAACGUAAAAUUAUUAGCCUUGCAUAUUCGAACAAAAACAACCGAAACAACAUAGCUAUAGCAAAUAAAUAAGAAUAAAUCCGUAGAGAACCAUUUAUGCGAUAACUCAGCUUAUACAAGACGUGUAUUACGUAAGACGCGACUUAUUUUGUCCCGUAUAAAUGGCCCUAAUGUUUUCUAGGUUGAACAUGUGUGCAAGGAUUUUGUGAAAUUGCUCUUUCAGUAGCAACUGGGUGAACAUAGAAUCUUUAUUUUCUCAAUUAGAAUUCCGUUCUGGCAAUGCUCCCAUUCUCAUAGCUACUGACGUAGCCUCCAGAGGUCUAGGUAAGUCAACCUGAGUUUUUAAAUUUGAUUCAAAUUUUUAAAACAGUUGAAACAUUUCUUACAUAUUUUGUGUGUGUUGUUGAAUUUUAACUUGAUAGUUUUGUUUUUAUCCUGGUAUAUUUCAAUUUUUACUUGUGUGCAAUUUUGUUGUGUGUUUUAUUCCUUCACUUAGUCCACCCUCCCCCCUGAUAUAACACAAAAAAUACUAACUAUUCUCACUGUGUUUCGAAGUAGCGUUGUAGGGGUCAGUCGGUGAGAAGUACGCUAACGACCUGACCCUGAAUGCCUGCUUAUGAAAGACUGUGUUGGUGGACUAACCAUGACAUCACGUGAGUAAACCACGACGGGGAGUGACGCCACUAAGAAUGUUCCAAAACUGAAGUUUCAAUUCAAACCGGUGAGCAAAGGCGAAGGAUUGUAAAAGUCUUUCUCCUGUUAAAAAUGCUUGGAAAUAUUCGUAAAACAAAGGGUUGUGAUUUGUUAGUGAAGUAUUUGCAAGAGUUGUGAAAGUUUUAGUUUACUCCUUAAGGCGACGAAAUACUAAUGUUUUGACCAUAGUAUUUCGUCUAAGUACAAUGCAAGUAACUACAAAUGGCUGGAGUGUGAAGAAGGAAAAGUAUGAGCAAAACUUUGACCUUUUAAAGAUGUGUUAGUAGAACUAAUACACAAUUCAAAAAUGAAAUUCAAUGUCAAAGUAGUAGAUAUUUUUGAUACCUAUUUUUUUAAGUAAGAGUAGAAAUUUUAUUCAUUGGAGUAGAAAUUGAACCUUUUUGCUAUGUUUUACUUUGUCGACUUACUUUGAUCAAAACUUUAAUAUUCCGUUUUUUCAACAUAAAUUAGUAAAUAAGUCGUAACUUGUUUUAGAUUACUGUAUUAAUCGACCCUGAAUCCCAUUUAGUAAUUUGUUUAGCUAAGUAGGAAUAGUCUCUUGAGAAAUUACGAUCAAGUGUUAUGUAACGUGUUGUCACCAGCGAAGUUGAAUGAAUCGUGUCUUCCACCAAAAUUUAAGAAUUUAAUGUGUAUUCAGCCUGAAAGCAUUAGCUUUUCAAACAUAAGAUUUUUGGUGGUUUGAUACUCCGUCUGACAUUGGGUGACUGCCGUUCAACAAAUGUACUGUCUUUGAAAUUAUAAGCUUUUCUUAAAACUUUUCCUUUAAGUUGUAAUGGAAUUGUUAGGUUUCAUUUUACAUCAAAAACUCAUUUUGAAAAGUUUAUGUUAUCAGUGCUGUUGUGUAAUAUACUGUUUAUACUCAACUCUUGCGUAAAAACUUCACUCUUCAUGACCUUACAAAACUAAGAGCGAUUACGUUUGGUUUGUAAGUUGCGUCGUCUAUUCACUCCCUCGAGAGGUAAACGUUUGUGUGAUGUCUGGAAGAGUGGCUGUAAGUCACGAGUGUUUACAACUUGCUGUAACUUGUAUAUAUAGCGUGUGUGUGAGAUUUAAACCAGGUCAUUGGCCUGGUUCAUCAAUAUAGUUAAAAAUAUUUCCAGUGUAUGUGUGUACGAAGGUUGGUUAUUUUGGUACAUAUUACCACGUUUAUACGUGUACCAUCGUCGUAAGCAAGAAAUGCUUUGUAGUAGGGGUACAACAUUCAAGGUAAGUCGAUACAAACUUAGUACAUAAAGAACUUGUUUUAUAUCGAUCUAUUCUUUCCCCAUGUAGAUGUAAGUGAUAUAAAGUUCGUUAUCAACGUCGACUAUCCGUCUUCCAGUGAAGACUACAUCCAUCGUAUCGGCAGAACAGCUCGUUCAGACCGACACGGCACGGCCUAUACAUUCUUCACUCAUGCCAAUGCGAAACAGGCGAAGGAUCUUAUAAAUGUUCUCCAAGAAGCGAAGCAACAAGUCAGCAGUAAGCUCCGGGAUCUCGUUUCAAUGGCUGGCAGUUUUGGUGGACGAAGUAAGUUUGUAAUACAUGAUCCCUAAAUGUUGGCAUUUUGCCAUAACCACACAGUUAUCGUCGUUUAGAUAUCAAAUAUACGUUCUCCAUUUAAUUCGUGUAAGAAUUUUAGUGUAAUCCUGAACUCUGAUCUUUUUCAGCUCGAAGUCGCUACAGAAAUUCUGACAAGUCAUCAGGCGGUGGUGGUUACAAAGGUUCUGGUGGCGGUUAUAAGAGUGGUGGAGGUAGCGGUGGCUAUAACAAGAGUGGUGGCGGUGGGGGUUAUAACAAGAAUGGCAGUGGUGGUGGUUACAAAGGUGGUAGCCAAAACGGCUAUGGUGGUGGCCAGAACUCGCACUCCUCUGGUGGUGGUGGAUACCAACAACAACAGCAAGCCACAUCGCAGAACAGCUACCAGCAGCAAGCCACACCACAGAAUAACUACCAACAACAAAACUACCAGCAACAAUCGUAUCAAGGUUAUUCUAACUACCAGCAACAACCACAGGCAGCAGCUACUACUACUGGUUAUCAACAACAGAAUACUGCUGGUUAUCAACAACAGAAUACUACCGGUUAUGACUACAGCCAGAACUACCAACAACAAGGUUACACCCCCGGUGUAUACCCGAGUCAGUAAAAAUAUUCUGUACACUUUCUGACAUAUUUUAGACGGCAUUGUAAGCUUUUCUCAUCUGUUUUAAUUUAUUCCUCAUUACUUUGGUAGAUUUUAUUAUUCUUACUCCCCAUAGAAACGAAAUUCAUAUGUGAUAUAAUAUGUUAUCUUGCUGUUGUAGAGAACUGUUUAACAGACUUAAGUGCCAUAGAUAUCUUAUAUGUUAAGUGCCCUUUACCCGUGAGACCACACCUUUAUAAUAUUAAUGAAUCGUGACAAUACCAUCCAGACUAGCAGUCGUGCGAAUGGACAAGUCUAACAUAAGAAUUGUCUUGUAUAAUAUAGUUUAAAUGAAAUACUUUUGGUUUAUUUUGCGUUGUAACAUAGGAAAUUUUAGCCAGAAGCAAAAAAUAAACGCAGCUAGUGUAGGGUCGUGAAUUGCAUCAUUG